GUCAAUGAUUUCAACCACAGUCUAAAGAAAUAUAGCUUGCCCAAUGGCCAGGAGGUUUUUGUACGAUCAGUAAUAGGGAUUGUAUCACAGUGGUACACUUUUGGUAGCGGCACCAGACUAGAUGUUGGAAGUAAGUAACAAGCUCACUUGAUAUUUCUUUCUGAUUACACUUAUUAAGUAUGUUAUUCUUACACUCUGUCUCUAUGAAAAUAUUGUGAUUCUAGAUUUUCAAAAUGUUUUAAUUGCUUUUGACUGACCCUUCUUUCUAAUACAAUUUUAUUGAAUCAAAAUAUUUUAAUUGUAGGUUUAUUUAUGUCUGAUUUGUAUGAUUGCAGACUAUAACUCUUAAUUCUGGUAUGAUUACUAUUUAAUAGCAUUGGAUUUAGUAGUCAUUAUUGUUGCAUUGAGGUCUUGGUAGCCUUCACUGUUAGUGUGAAGACAAAGGAUCUCAGUUAUGUUUGUAACAGACUUCAUGAUCUACCAUGGUUGAUAUGCGAUUAAAACUAAUCUAUGCUCAGAUUUUACAAAUACUAUGAAUAUGGAAAGGCUAUUCUGACCAGAUCCAUUCCUAAACAAUAUCUGUAUGACAUGUAUAACUGACACCGUAUGACUAGUAACUCUAGUUAUUUAACCACUUUGGUUCAUGAAUCUGCUUUGUAUCAUAUUACUUUUAAACAAUCUAACUUUUACAUUCAUAUUUAGAAGGCAUUUCCAUUUCACUUUAUUUUGAUGUGUCCUUUGCUGAAGAUAAUCUCUUACUGUAACUGUACUUGAUGUGGUCACUUAGUUGAUGUGUUCUGUUUGUUCCAGGUAACAGUUCCCCCACCCUCACCGUCCUGCCCCCCUCUAGUGAGGAGCUGUCCAGUACAACAACUGCCACACUGACGUGUCUGGCCAACAAGGGCUUCCCCUCAGACUGGACCAUGAGCUGGAAAGUGGACGGGACCAGCAAGAAGCAGGAGGCCAGUCCCGGGGUCCUGAAGAAGGACGGCCUGUACAGCUGGAGCAGCACACUGACUCUCACUGCCCAGGAGUGGACCAAGGCAGGAGAGGUGACCUGUGAAGCCCAGCAGAAAUCCCAGACUCCAGUCACCAAGACCCUGAGGAGGGCUGACUGUUCUGGGUAGGACCCCUCAGUCACACACCCCUGUGGAGAGAGGAUGCUGGUUCCUCUGCUUUGACUUGCUUUGUUCUAAAAUCAGUCGUUCUCUGAUUUAGAGAUCACUCUGGUGUAGACUAACAGGGGGCUUGGCUUGAGUUCAUGUGUCAAUCCAUUCUGUAGAUUGAGAUUUUGUUCGUUUUAGAUUUGAUGUGAUCUGCUUUUAUUCACUAUCAUGUUUGCUUUGAUGCUUCGAUUGUGUGAUAAUGGAUUAAAAUAAAGAUUUCUUUUUGGAAUGCAUAUUUUUGAUGUUUUUAUUAAUAAACUGGAUCAUAGAUAGUGUAUAUUUGCAAUAUUCUGGAAAAAUAUGUAUUCAGUAAGGCUGAUUUAAUGGUGUCUUUAAAAACUGUCAAGACUAAAACUCACUCUAACAUCAUAAUUGACCAGUAUUUAAUACUAUCACAAUAUACUAUGAUAUAAUAGAAGAGGUUCUGCCAUGGUAGUAGUUGACUGUCUUCAUUCAUCAGGAUACUGAGUCUGUGUCAGACCUGUUUGACUUGACAGACUUUACAGUAAUAAAAGAAGAACUAUCAAACAGUCAACCGAUAUCUUGGACUCUCACGUGUGUUAUAGGCUGUGAUUCGAAGCUAAAUAUAUUUUUAAAAAUUACAAAUAUUACAAGUGCCACUACUUCAAGAUAUAGCAUUGUUUCCCAAGCUUGGUUCUCGGGACCCCAAGGGAUGCACGUUUAGUUUUUUGCCCUAACACUAUACAGCUGAUUCAAAUGAUCAAAGCUCGAUCAUUAGUUGAUUCUUUUUUUAUCAGCUGUGUAAAGCUAGGGCAAAAACCAAAACGUGCACCCCUUGGGUUCCAGAGGACCGAGUUUGAGAAACGCUGCAAAUAGUGUAGUGACAGUCUUCUCUACCUCCAACCCCCUGGGGACAGAGUGAACAUCUGGUGACAGUGCUGCUCUAUUCUGGGACAAGCAGAACCACCCAGCCCUGUCUAUGUAAAUCUCAGUUUCACUCCCACAGAUAGUUUCACUCACACUUCCAGCUUGUCUAGCCUGAUUUGUGCCCGCUCUUCCGCCUCCAUUUGGAGCCGUGUCGAGCGGACAUCCAUCCUGGCAUCACAGUCGGACUGUGGGGAGAGUGGGUCAUAACGGGGCAAUGUGGCUGGAGCCUUAGCCUCGUCCUCAGACACCGACGGGCUUACAUGAACAGCAACCACAUCCCCUACAGGAGCAGCAGGGUCAGGUGGCGGUAAUUCAAGCACUCGCUCCUUCAACAAUAUCGCUAGCACUACUUCCCUAACUUCUGCUUUCACUAAACCCCUCGGUAUGGGUACAGAAAAGUGGUCAGCCAAAGCCUGUAGAUCCACUCUAAGGCAAUUCUCAAAAACCUCCCACGUAGGGUUUUCCAAAAAUGCAUCCAACUCAAAAGUAGCCAUCCUAAACUAGCAACACGAGCCGUCGAAUACUGAACACAAAAAAAAAACUGGUAGUUACAGCUGCCAAGCUCAACACUGAACCAGACACUAACUAAUUUGCAUGAGUAUCUAUGAGAUAGAUCCCGGACGAACCCCCACUUUAUGUUACGAACCCCGUGGCUCUAAACGGCUAGGGUGGAUGGACAUGAGACCCGUAACAUAAUUCAUGCAAAGUAGGAGUGUGACAUGGAACAGUGAGAACAAAAACUACACGACAACCAUAAACUACCGUCAAACAUAAAUGGUUUAUUGCUGAACACACGGUAAAGGUUUGGGAAAAAGGGCUGAGCAGGACCCAAGAAAUGAAACAUAGUGUAAAAAAAAACCUAAAACUGAUCUUGCCUGCCUCAAGAACCACUAAACUACUGCUAAUCAUACAAAAGUACAGGGGGUGGUCCGCUCAGGUCUAACUAGUGUUUUUAGACAGAUUUCUUCCUACGGGUAAUGUACGCCCAAGGGCAACUUGCUUCAACUCCCCUUUUCCCAGAACACACAAAGUUACCAAACAAAGUAAUCAGCAAUUUAGUGAGUACACAAUACACAGGACACCACCGUAUCCAUACUCACAUACAAAAAGUAGUCGAACAAAGUUACUAAACAGCGGAACCAGCAACUUAGUGAGUAAACAAUACACAGGAUACCACAGUAUCCAUACUCACAUACGGAAACAGUCUUUUUCUUCCUACAAACACAACGGACUGGUUUUUAUACAUAGGGAUGUGUGAUUGAAAAACCAGCAACAGGUGGUGCCAUGCCGAGGAAUGUUCACUGAUUGGUCCACCUUAGCAAUCAGCAGACAUCUCAACGACCACCAAUCAGGAACAUACAGGACACCUGUGAUUAGGGCAGAAGGAGAGGAAAACACAGGACACAGGAUACCUGUAUCCGUAACACCAGUCUAGUAGUUGAACAGUUUCACUGCCUGAAAUACCCUGGACUGGGCCAGAUGUGAGGGAGUGGACUGGUUUUAACCUCUAUGGUGGAUUCAGUGAGGGACUCAUAACAGAUAUGCCACCAUGUAAUUAAUGACAGAUAAAAUUGAUAUUAUACUUUACAUAGAUAGUGUAUGUAGUGUACAUGUGUCUCAUGUUUGAAUCCAACAUCAUGUCUCAUUCACAGAUCUAACAGUCAGUAACCUGCUCAUGAAAACAGUUAAUAUAACGGUAGAAGAUCACAAUUUAAAUCAGACAUUUGGUUGAGGUCCAUUUUGGGACUUGUUUUGGGGGGCUGAAGUGAUUGUAACUUUGAAGUAAUGUUGAGGUUAGAACACCUUUUGUUUUACAUCUGUAGAUCUUGCUUUACAUAUUGACAGGUAAUGUGUUUCAAAACUUCAAAUAAAUGUUAUACACACUUAAAGGCCAUGACAAAUAUAACAAGUUAAAACCAUGAUGAUGAUGUUAAUGAUGAUGAUGAUGGUCAUGUGAACUGAACGAUUGCUUUCUAACCAUAUUGUCACAUGUCACAGUUGACCUCAUCUAGUGUUCCAUGUCACUGUGUCCCCCUCAGCACCUGCAGUAGGUCCCAGCUGUAGCAGUACAGUCACUGUGCAGUCUGACUGAGGGAGGUUUUUGUACGGCUCUGUAUCACUGUGUGAACACCCAGACACUGUUGGGGUAGUGUAAACUCUGACAGUAGUAAUCUCCUGCAUCUUCAGCCUGGACUCCACUGAUGGUCAGAGUGAAGUCACUAUGAGUUCCACUACCACUGAAUCUAGAUGGAGUCCCAGACUGAAGUGUUGUAGCAUAGUAAAUAAGGAGUUUAGGAGCUCCUCCAGGUUUCUGAUGAUACCAGGCUAGAUGGUUAUUGUUAUAGACAUCACUGCUGGUUUUACAGUUCAAAGAGACUGUCUGUCCUGGGAGAACAGCUUUCACUGCAGGGGUCUGAGUUACAGUGACCUGGCCUCUGGAUUCUGAAACAGAGAUGGCAUGUGGAAAGAGCAUUCAAUUGUUAAUACAUUUUUCCAUGUAGCAUAUGAAAUUAAACUGUAAUGAGGUUAUAUAGCGCAAUUGUCCGGGUAAUUUUCUGUAAAAUAUAUUACCAUGGAGACAGAGGGCAAAUAUCCAGAUAAAGAUGGUGAUAAAAGUCAUGGUUGUUGUGGAGUCUGUUGUCAUUAAGGACAGCUCUCAGUCAUGAAGUGUUAAAAUCACAGGGAUAUAAACACUCUCAGACCACUGAAGCAUGUGCAGCCAAUGCAAAGUGUUCUCUCUAUGCAAAUGGGACUCCUGGAGCAAGACAGAUAACGUAUGCCUCAUUUGGUAAUAUACAGUGGGGGAAAAAAGUAUUUAGUCAGCCACCAAUUGUGCAAGUUCUCCCACUUAAAAAGAUGAGAGAGGCCUGUAAUUUUCAUAAUAGGUACACGUCAACUAUGACAGACAAAUUGAGAAAAAAAAAUCUAGAAAAUCACAUUGUAGGAUUUUUUAUGAAUUUAUUUGCAAAUUAUGGUGGAAAAUAAGUAUUUGGUGACGUACAAACAAGCAAGAUUUCUGGCUCUCACAGACCUGUAACUUCUUUUUUAAGAGGCUCCUCUGUCCUCCACUCGUUACCUGUAUUAAUGGCACCUGUUUGAACUUGUUAUCAGUAUAAAAGACACCUGUCCACAACCUCAAACAGUCACACUCCAAACUCCACUAUGGCCAAGACCAAAGAGCUGUCAAAGGACACCAGAAACAAAAUUGUAGACCUGCACCAGGCUGGGAAGACUGAAUCUGCAAUAGGUAAGCAGCUUGGUUUGAAGAAAUCAACUGUGGGAGCAAUUAUUAGGAAAUGGAAGACAUACAAGACCACUGAUAAUCUCCCUCGAUCUGGGGCUCCACGCAAGUUCUCACCCCCUCGGGUCAAAAUGAUCACAAGAACAGUGAGCAAAAAUCCCAAAACCACACGGGGGGACCUAGUGAAUGACCUGCAGAGAGCUGGGACCAAAGUAACAAAGCCUACCAUCAGUAACACACUACGCCGCCAGGGACUCAAAUCCUGCAGUGCAAGACGUGUCCCCCUGCUUAAGCCAGUACAUGUCCAGGCCCGUCUGAAGUUUGCUAGAGUGCAUUAGGAUGAUCCAGAAGAGGAUUGGGAGAAUGUCAUAUGGUCAGAUGAAACCAAAAUAUAACUUUUUGGUAAAAACUCAACUCGUCGUGUUUGAAGGACAAAGAAUGUUGAGUUGCAUCCAAAGAACACCAUACCUACUGUGAAGCAUGGGGGUGGAAACAUCAUGCUUUGGGGCUGUUUUUCUGCAAAGGGACCAGGACGACUGAUCCGUGUAAAGGAAAGAAUGAAUGGGGCCAUGUAUCGUGAGAUUUUGAGUGAAAACCUCCUUCCAUCAGCAAGGGCAUUGAAGAUGAAACGUGGCUGGGUCUUUCAGCAUGACAAUGAUCCCAAACACACCGCCCGGGCAACGAAGGAGUGGCUUCGUAAGAAGCAUUUCAAGGUCCUGGAGUGGCCUAGCCAGUCUCCAGAUCUCAACCCCAUAGAAAAUCUUUGGAGGGAGUUGAAAGUCCGUGUUGCCCAGCGACAGCCCCAAAACAUCACUGCUCUAGAGGAGAUCUGCAUGGAGGAAUGGGCCAAAAUACCAGCAACAGUGUGUGACAACCUUGUGAAGACUUACAGAAAACGUUUGACCUGUGUCAUUGCCAACAAAGGGUAUAUAACAAAGUAUUGAGAAACUUUUGUUAUUGACCAAAUACUUAUUUUCCACCAUAAUUUGCAAAUAAAUUCAUUAAAAAUCCUACAAUGUGAUUUUCUGGAUUUUCUUUCUCAUUUUGUCUGUCAUAGUUGACGUGUACCUAUGAUGAAAAUUACAGGCCUCUCUCAUCUUUUUAAGUGGGAGAACUUGCACAAUUGGUGGCUGACUAAAUACGCCUUCCUAAUAUUGAGUUCCACCCCCUUUUGCCCUCAGAGCAGACUCAAUUUGUCAGGUCAUGGACUCUAUAAGGUGUCGAAAGUGUUCCUUCCACAGGGAUGCUGGCCCAUGUUGACUCCAAUGCUUCCCACAGCCAUGAAGGGAUGCACCUGAUUGGCAAUUUAAACGUUGCUCCACUUUUAUCAAGGGCCCAAUGUGUGCCAUGAAAACACACCCCACACCAUCACACCACCAACGUUGAUACACAGCUUUUUGUAUGCAUGUACUCAUGUGGUUUUGUCCAUACCCUAGUCCUCCCAUCAGCGUGAAACAGCAGGAAUAGGGAUUCAUCAGAUCAAGCAAUAUUUUUCCAAUUCUCCAGUGUCCAGUAUUUCCGUUCCAUAGCCCACUGCAAACUCAGUUUCUGUUUUUUUUGCUGAAAGAAGUGUAACUUUGUGAGGAUGUCGGCUGCCAUACCCCAUUCGUGUCAAGGUACGAUGAGUUGUGCAUUCUUUUAUGGGUCUUUGGUCACAAAUGUUGUACUAGUCUGUCAGUUGACUAACUGUAGCCCGUCUGUUUCUCUGCACAAUUCAUGUCAGGCUCCUUUGUCCUCUUUCAUCAAUUACCCGUUUUCGACCACUGGCCUGCCGUUGGCUGGAUGUCCUUUGGGUGGUGGACCAUUCUUGAUACACAUGGGAAACUGUUGACUGUGAAAAACCCAGCAGCGUUGCAGUUCUUGACACACAAACCGGUGCGCUUGGCACCUACUACCAUACCCCGUUAAAAGGCACUUCAAUAUUUUGUCUUGCCCAUUCACUCUCUGAAUGGCACACAUACACAAUCCAUGUCUUAAUUGUCUCAAGGCUUAGAAAUCAUUCUAUAACCUGUCUCCUCCCCUUCAUCUACACUGAUUGAAGUGGAUUUAUCAAGUGACAUCAAUAAGCGAUCACAGCUUUCCCCUGGAUUCACCUUGUCAGUCUGUCAUGGUAUGUUCCUAAUGUUUUGUGCACUCAGUGUAUAUCAUCCAUUGUGUGACUGUUUUCAUUUUGAGGUGUUGGUCGGUCAAAUAAUAAAGGGAACCUAUGAUACCCUAGACUGUAGUCCUCAACACUAUCAUUGGUCUAGUCCCGAACACUAUCACUGGUCUAGUCCCUAACACUAUAACUGGUCUAGUCCCUAACACUAUCACUGGUCUAGUCCUGAACACUAUCACUGGUCUAGUCCUGAACACUAUCACUGGUUAGUCCUCAACACUAUCACUGGUCUAGUCCUGAACACUAUCACUGGUCUAGUCCCUUACACUAUCACUGGUCUAGUCCUCAACACUAUCACUGGUCUAGUCCCUUACACUAUCACUGGUCUAGUCCUCAACACUAUCACUGGUUAGUCCUCAACACUAUCACUGGUCUAGUCCUCAACACUAUCACUGGUUAGUCCUCAACACUAUCACUGGUCUAGUCCUGAACACUAUCACUGUUCUAGUCCUUAACACUAUCACUGGUCUAGUCCUGAACACUAUCACUGGUCUAGUCCUCAACACUAUCACUGUUCUAGUCCCUAACACUAUCACUGGUCUAGUCCUGAACACUAUCACUGGUCUAGUCCUCAGUACUAUCACUGGUCUAGUCCCUAACACUAUCACUGGUCUAGUCCUCCUCCACAGCACCUGCAGCUAAGACUGUCUGAGAGUGGUCUGAGUGGGGGAGGGGAAAACGGAAAACUAGCUGUUAUUGGCAGAGAGAUUUGGAACUCUCUUUGUUAUUUGUCUAUUAACUAAUUUGCUACAUGGUAAUGUCACCAUGGAAAGCCGAACCUCCCUCAAAUGCAAACGUGCUAAUUAGAAGGUCCUAUGUACAGUACAUCAUAUUUUCAACUAGGAACAAUCAUGAAAUAACACUGAUCCAUUUUUUUCAUACUUUUACAGUGUUAGUUUCAUCAGCUGUUGUACAAUAUUAUAUAAAACACAAGAAAAACUGAAUUUUGACUGCACAGAGCCUUUAAUGGAUUACUGCUGGUUUUACAGCACUGGAGAGUAACUGCAGUAUGUGACCUGAAAGGACAGCUUUCACUGCAGGAGUCUGAGUCACAGUGAUCUGCCCUCGGGAUACUGAGAAAAGAAUAACACAUUGUCAAGAUCAGAUUCCAUUUAAGAUCAGUUUUCUAUAACAUAAUAUGCUUUAGAAUUCAACAGCAACUUCAACUUGAAAGCUAAUGACAAGCAUCAAGAUGAAGGGGUCUAUUCAAUCCGUAUUGCUGAAGUUCAGCGUUACAGCGUGAUUGGAAUUUAAAGGCAAUGUUCCUGUGUUAGCGGAGACUGCAUUCACAGUAAACGCUGCAUAUGGGGUGGCAGGUAGCCUAGCGGUUAAGAGGUCGCUAGUUCGAAUCCCUGAGCCGACUGGGUCAAAAAUCUGUCGAUGUGCCCUUGAGUAAGGCCCUUAUUGCUCCUGUAAGUCCCUCUGGAUAAGAACAUCUGCUAAGUGAAGUAAAUGUAAUAUGUCAGCUCAAUCAAAAAUUAUCUUGACGUUUCUAUCCGGCAAUCUGUAACACUUCAACGAUACAACUUUUAUUUCAGAUGAAGGGCUCUAUUCAAUCCGUAUUGCUGAAGUUCAGCGCUAAAGCCCAAUUGAAAUUUAAAGGCUUCAGCAAUACAGAUUGAAUACAGCCCUAACUGUCACUUCACUCAUGCUUGGACUCUUAUGUAUGUUCCUCAAAUCAGUUAGUGAACAUUUCUCUAAAAUGUUUGGGUUUGUUUUAUACCUUUCUAUUUUAUAAUAAAACUAUAAUGUUUUUCAUUUAAUCAAAAAACUAUUUCAAAUGAAGAAUAUAACAUUAUAUUUGGCCAGUAUUCAUAUGUGCUCAUGAUUUAAACCACAGUCUAAAUUUUUUUAUUAUUCAGCUUGCCCAAUGGUCAGGAGGUUUUUGUACCAACAGUUAUAGGGGUUGUAUCACUGUGGUACACUUUUGGUAGCGGCACCAGACUAGAUGUUGGAAGUAAGUUUCUUGAUGUUUGUCUGAUUCCAUUUUUUUCUUAAACUCUUUAAUCUCUAUUAAAACAUUUAGAUUUGAGAUACUUUACUUUCCAAAAAUAUUGUUAUAUAUUGAUUUUGAAAGAGCCUUCUUUAACAGUUUAUUUAAUCAAAAUGUUAAAUUGCGGGCAUUUUUUUGUAUGUUUUAUUUGUAUGAUUGCAGACUAUAUAACUCUUAUUCUGGUAUGAUAACUAUAAUAUUUGUUAUUGUAGUCAUCAGUGCAUUGUGUUCAUGAUAGCCAGAAAGGGUCUCUGUUAUUUGUAUCCAACCUCUUGGAUUCUGCAAAAUACUACAAAUAUGAGUAUUCUGAUGAGAAACGAUCCUAAAAAAAUGUAUGUAUGACAAAGUAAUGCUAAAGUUAAACACGUCAUACUUGUAUGCUUUCUGCUUGUAUACUUUAUACUUGUAAUCUGCUUUCCUAUCAUACUAAUGUUUGUGUUUUCUUCACGUCUUUUAGCAAUCUAAUCUAAGUUUUAGAAGUCAUUUCCAAAGUACUUUGUUUUGAUGUAGUUGAUGUGUUGUGUUUCUUCCAGGUAACAGUUCCCAAACCCGUCCAGCCACCCUCUAGUGAGGAGCUGUCCAGUAAGUCAAUAGCCACGCUGAUGUGUCUGGCCAACAAGGGCUUCCCCUCAGACUGGACCAUGAGCUGGAAAGUGGACGGGACCAACAAGAAGCAGGAGGCCAGUCCCGGGGUCCAGGAAAAGGACGGCCUGUACAGCUGGAGCAGCACACUGACUCUCACUGCCCAGGAGUGGACCAAGGCAGGAGAGGUGACCUGUGAAUUCCAGCAGAAAUCCCAGACUCCAGUCACAAAGACCCUGAGGAGGGCUGACUGUUCU